CCUGCAUGAUGAAAAAGAAGCCAGCAGGUGUGCUGAUGUUCCUCCUGGUCAUCCUUAAGGUGUUGGGAACUGCAGAAGCCUGCAGAUGCACAGCUUCAGGCUGUUUCUGCAUUGGUCGGCGCCUCACCAGUGUUCCUCAGGACCUGCCGACAACCAUCACAGAGCUGGAGUUGGGACAUAAUCAAAUCACAAUAUUAAGUCAGUCUGAUUUCUCACGUUAUAGGAGCUUAGAGACUUUAGAGCUUAACAAUCACAUUUCUACUGUCAACGGCCAGGCAUUCUAUCACCUGUCAAACUUGACCACAUUACGGCUUUCAGGUAACAGUCUAACAAUCCUCAGACCUGACAUGUUUGUAGGGCUGGGAAACUUGGAGGAACUUUGGCUGGACAAUAAUGACAUCAGUGAUAUUCAGGCUGGAACUUUCAAUCCAACACCACAGCUGAGAUUGUUGUACUUGAAAUAUAACAAGUUAACAACCCUCAGAUCUGACAUGUUCACAGGGCUGGGGAACUUGGAGAGGCUUUCGCUAGAGAAUAAUGACAUAAGUACUAGUGAUAUUCAGGCAGGAACUUUCAAUACAACACCACAGCUGAUAUACUUGUACCUGUAUGACAACAAGUUAACAAUCCUCAGAUCUGGCAUGUUCACGGGGCUGGGAAACUUGCAGGGACUUUCUCUAUACAGUAAUGAGAUCACUGAUAUUCAGGCUGGAACUUUUAAUCCAACAUCACAGCUGAGAAUGUUGGACCUGUAUAACAACACGUUAACACACCUCAGGUCUGACAUGUUCACAGGGCUGGGAAACUUGGAGUACCUUCAUCUGGGCUAUAAUGACAUUACUGAUAUUCAGGCUGGAACUUUUGAUCAUACACCACAACUGAAAAAGUUGGCCCUGUAUAACAACAAAUUAAUAACCCUUAGAUCUGACAUGUUCACAGGGCUGGGGAAACUUGGGGGGGCCUUUUUUCUGCGCAAUAAUGAGAUCAGUGAUAUUCAGGCUGGAACUUUUAAUCCAACACCACAACUGAGAAACUUGUACCUGUAUAAUAACAAGUUAACAACCCUCAGAUCUGACAUGUUCACAGGGCUGGGAAACUUGGAGAGGCUUCGGCUGUACAAUAAUAACAUCAGUGAUAUUCAGGCUGGAACUUUCAAUCCAACACCACAGUUGGAAUGGCUGGCCCUGUUUAACAACAAGUUAACAAGCCUCAGAGCUGACAUGUUCACAGGGCUGGGAAACUUGGAGUACCUUAAUCUAAACAAUAAUGACAUCACCGAUAUUCAGGCUGGAACUUUCAACUCAACACCACAACUGAGAUACUUGUACCUGUACAACAACCAAAUUCAAACCAUUCCAUCCAACUUACUGACAAAUCUGAUGCAACUGAGAGAACUUAGAUUGUCAAACAACAACAUCACAACGUUUCCCUUUGAAGAUUUG